AUGGAGGUGGCAGUGGCGAGCAGCGAGCUGGAUGCUUCGCGUGGUCGGCUCGCGACGUUCAUUGUGCCGGCGGAGAUCUACCCAGCGAGGCUGCGUGCGACGAGCCACGGGAUAUCGGCGGCGUCGGGGAAGGUGGGCGCGAUCAUCGGGUCGUUCGGGUUCCUGUACCUGGCGCAGAGCCCUGACCCGGCCAAGGCGGCGGCGCACGGCUACCUGCCAGGCAUCGGCGUCCGCAACUCGCUGUUCACGCUCGCCGGCUGCAGCUUGCUCGGCUUCCUCCUCACCUUCCUGGUGCCCGAGCCCAAGGGCAAGUCGCUCGAGGAGAUGUCACGCGAGAACGAGGUCGGCCAGCCAUGA